AUGCUCAGGGACGUUCGCAGUCUGAUUCGCGUCACGAAGGUCCGAGGGAUCAUGAUACUAACUUCGAAAACAAAUGAUAUUCAUUCAGAACGCAAAGGCCAAACAAAAUACAGGACUAUCACUACUCUCUGCAAAUUCACAUGCAGAAAUAUGAGUUCUAUAGAGUUCAUUUUCGAAAUAUUCGAUGUCUUUCAAAACAAUGAUUUAGAUAUAUCUUCAAAACGCCGUGACUAGCUUGUUAAUCGCCGCCGGCUGCGAUAUCGACUUCAAAACAGAAAAUCGGAGGAAUGAGAAUUUUGGAAACGUGAAGGACUUUAAAAAUUCUUCGGGGACAAGACGUGGAAGUUCAGAUUCUUCAGAUGAGUAUGAAUAAGAAGUUUGAACCGAGGAAAGUAAAUGAAACGAUGGCCCAAGUUCUUUUGAGCGACCUGACCCUCCUCAAGAACACGACUUGGAACGUUUGCCGCAGAGUGGUCAGUCUAGAGGCUCUUUUAAGUCAGAAAAAGUUUUUGAAGGAGAUAAGUAGACCCUUUUUUUCCAUUAUGCGCAGACUCGUUCUGCGCCAUUUGGGUUUAAGUUGAGUCGAAAAAAAAAAUGAGAGUUGAGAAAAGUAACUUUUUCUCUUAAUCAAAUAUGUUGUAGAACACGGAUUUUUUUAAAAUUAGUCAUUACUUUCGAAUAAAAUGUCUUGGAAAGGUUAAACAAAAACUUCCUUAUUUUUUUCUUAUAAAGACAAUAGUUCGCGUAACGUUUAGUGUCUUCUUUUCAGGUUUCAAUAGCCAGUUAAAAAACUUUUUUUUAAAUAUAUUACACCAGAACCUUCAGAAAUAUUAGCUUCGUAAUUUGAACUUUCAGCGAGCUGAAACUUUUUAUUCCCCGAAAUUUCAAGGUAUAUCAGGAGGCUAAUAUGGAAAAAAAGUCUCAAAAAACAGAAUAAAGAAAGCCGUAUUCAGUCGGGCGAAGAAUCGCUCCUAGGGACGAUGAAAACGCUUCUGGAACGGGCGGCAAAGCAAGACCGAGAAUUUCAAGAACAGUUGCUGACCCUGUUCGAUCCCAUCUUCGACUUCCUUUUUUCCAAUCCGGUUGGUAGUAUUUCUCUGAAUCAUAACUGAUAAUGAAAAAUGAGCCCUCUUUUUGAUUAACAAUGAUCUGAUCUUGUUUCUUUGAAAAGCAAAAAUAUUAACCUAAGAAAUUUGAAUCAAAAAAACAUUGGUAGUUUAUUAAGAGAAAAGUCUUACGGCUUACUAGAUUUCCUGCGUGUUCCCGCUAAUCAUCCCGCGCGAUAAGAAAAAAUCGACGCAAAAAGGUACUGUUCCAGCAGGGGCGGAGUUAGCUGAUUGACAUUAAAAAUCUGAACAGACCAUAGCUUCAAUACUUUGCGGAUUUAACAAAGCAGCGAUUAUAUUGCAGAAGCGAUAGGACGCGAGCGCAUUAGCUUUUUAGCUGCAAAUCCUGAGAAAUCAGAAAGUUUAUUUUAAUAUAACAGCGGAAGAGUGUCUGGCUACAGACUACACGAUAUAGACGAAUUGAUCUUUUCGAAACGUGCUAAACAAAACAACACGUAAAAAAAUAUGCAGAAGCACGAUAUUAGUCCUAUGAAAAAGUAUGAGUGCGAACUUUUUCUCAGAAUAAUAUUAAAUGGAAGAAAAAAAAAACACGAUUGCGCGGAAGAUAAAAUGCUCGCAGUGUAUCGUCUCUACAGUGCGUACUUUUCGCCUACAGAAAACGGAAGGUUUAUUCCCGAGCCCACGAGGCCUCAAGGAGGCGACUGAUCGCCUCCACUUUUUUACAAGAAUAAUCAUACCUAUCACGAACUUUAAAAAAAAUCAUGACAGUUAGAGUGUUUUUUUAUUGUUUCGGUAGUUUUGCUUUACCAAACUUUGAUGGAUCAAGUCUACUGGAAAUCCCUGAAGUUCAUUUUAUUUCGGAUUUAACGGACCACUUGGUUCAAAGAAAAACCUUUUUCAGUUUUCCAAGUAUCAAGUUCAGGUUUUAUUUUUUUACAGAUUAACAUUAUUCAGAGCCCUUCAGAACAAAAAAAAGUUUUUUCAGUACGACAAGAUGAGGGAAACGAUAGAAACAUUGGCAGACAAGGCGACGGAUCUGGAGGGCGUCGACGAGAACGACACGAAGAAGUACGGCGCCUAUCUGAAGGCCCGCGAAAAAUACUUCAACGCUCGUGCAAACGUCGUUUUGCUCAUGCUAGCUGAUGAUAACCCCUCUUUUUUGCAGCUUCUGAAGAUAAUCCAACCUGGCGAACGUCGUCCUUUCGACCUCAUGCAGCGCUUUCAUUUGAGCAUCCUCGAGCAGUUUUUCAGAAAUUAUCAGGUUCGAAGAUUCCAAUUCUCCAAAACAGGCAGGAAAUUCCAAUAUUUUGAACGUUACGUUGAAAACAGUAAACUUCGAGAAUAAAAAACUUUGAAAAAGGCUCUUCUUUUUUGAAUGCAAACGCAUUCAAUAGUUUUCAUCUUUUUUCGUUUUCUUUUCUUUGUAAUUGAUACCUUAUAUUUCGUUUUUAUUCUUUUUUAUUUCUUCAGGAUUACAACAAACGUGUGGCCGCAACAUUUGCGUCAUUGAACAAUAUUUCGAAAUCAGACGACUCUGCGGGAAAAAAAAUAGAAAAAAAUUUGAGGAUUGAAAAGAUCGAGGCCAGGAUGAAAGCCGUAAAUGAUCGCGAAUCUUGA